CAUUUUUUGCAUAAACAUAAAAUAGACAGAUUUCAUCGCAUAAUUGCACCACCAAAUUCUAGUUAGCGUCAUCAAAAAUCAAAAAGGCGCAACUUAAGUAUUUAUGUGCAAGUUAUGUGCACACUACUCGUGAACGCGCACUAUUUGCGGUGACGUGAGUGUCCUGCGACUAUCCAGAAGAAGGCGUCAUGGCGGCCACUAAUGGGAAGAAGCGUGGUCUUGAACAUUUGGAUGAAUACGAACCAAAACCAGCCAAACAUCUCCGCAGUCUGCAUGACCGAAUGACGGAGAGAAGGUUGGUGGUUAUUCUGGAGGGAGCGUCGUUGGAGACGGUGAAGGUCGGGAAAACAUUUGAACUGCUAAACUGCGACCAACACAAAAAUAUGAUCAUCAAAAGUGGAAGAGAUCCGGGACAAAUAAGACCAGAUAUCACACAUCAGUGUCUGCUCAUGCUGAUGGACAGUCCGCUGAACAGGGCGGGCCUGUUGCAGGUUUACAUCCACACAGAGAAAAACGCGUUGAUCGAGAUCAACCCUCAGACUCGCAUCCCGAGAACAUUCACACGCUUCUGUGGGCUUAUGGUUCAGCUGCUGCACAAGCUGAGUGUCAGGGCUGCUGAUGGUCCUCAGAAACUCCUGAGGAUGAUUAAAAAUCCAGUGUCUGAUCACCUGCCUCCCGGCUGUCCUCGCAUCGCCACCUCCUUCUCUGCAGGAGAAGCUGUGUGCCCCCGGACUUUGGUACCAGAGGGACCAGCUGCGGUGGUGAUUGGAGCAUUUGCACAUGGAGCGGUGAAUGUGGACUACACUGAGAAGACGGCAUCCAUCAGUAACUACCCCCUGUCUGCAGCGCUGACCUGUGCCAAGAUAUGCUCCGCCUUUGAGGAGGUGUGGGGUGUCCUGUGACGGAUAAUUAAGUGCUGAUGCUAACUGGGAAGAGACUACAUGGAAUUUAUUUCAGUGGACUGGAAACACUGGACUGAAUGUCCGCUGAUGCCCAAUGUUAUAUCCUGUUAUACACUGUGCUGUAUGUGCGUAUGAUGGCAUGUGGGCACCAUGUGGAAUAUACAUUGGUUUCCAUGCAGAAGCAUGACUGUUAUUUUUAUACCAAUAUCAAUUGCACAAUUUUGAUUAUGGAUUAUUGUAGUUACAUUAAAAUGUAUGUCUAAA